AUGUCAGGCUCCGUCCUAACGUACACUCCGGUGUCUGAAAUAGCUAAGAUUUGCGAUGAACUGAGAACAACAUUUGAAUCAGGCCUUACUCUACCUCUCGAGUAUCGCAAACAGCAACUACGAGGUCUAUACAAGAUGCUCGACGAGAACUCGAAGCGCUUUGAAGAAGCUCUAUUCAAGGAUCUCCAUCGCCCACAGUUUGAGGCCCUCCUUGGUGACUCGAUUGGAACCUUAAACGAGAUUGUUGGUGCUAUCAACAACUUGGAUGCUUGGGCUGCUGAUGAGUACCCUGUUGAAUCUCCGAGUGGCGAUCGUGCACAUAUCCGCAAGCAGCCCUUGGUCUUCCUUACUACCUCGCCAUUGGUUGGUGCUAUUGCCGCAGGUUGCACAGCCGUUUUGAAGCCCUCCGAAUUGACUCCAUACAGCUCUGCAUUGAUGACUGAGCUCGCUCCUAAAUAUCUGGAUCCACGAGCAUACCGAUUCGUAAACGGUGCUGUAGCAGAGUCUACUAAAUUAUUAGAACAACGAUUUGAUCAUAUCACGUAUACCGGUAAUGGACAGGUUGGCAAGAUUGUUAUGAGUGCUGCUGCAAAGAAUUUGACUCCAGUGCUGUUGGAGCUUGGUGGCAAGUGUCCUGUCGUCGUUGAAAGUGAUAUUAAGGAUGUCAAGCUAGCUGCCAAGAGAAUUCUAUGGGGCAAGUCGUCUAACUGUGGCCAAACCUGUAUUGCACCCGACUACGUAAUGGUCACCAGUAAAGCAAUGAAGGAGAAACUGAUUGUAGGAUUCAAAGAAGCGUUUGAUGAAUUCUUUGGCACUGAAGGUGCUCAAAAAUCGGACUCGUAUGCCCGUAUCGUCAAUAUCAACCACUGGAAUCGUCUCAACAAGGUCUUGGAACGUCAAUUGGCUGUUGCUGGAUCUAAGGUUGUUGCUGGUGGUCAAAAGGAUUCUGCUGAUUUAUUUAUUGCUCCUACUGUUGUCGAUAUUGCUGGAUUGGAUGCUGCUGCUCAUCCAAUGAUGGAGGGGGAGAUAUUUGGGCCUCUUUUGCCAAUUAUUGAAGUGCCAUCGCUUGAUGCUGCCAUUAGGUACAUAAACUCUCGAGAUCGUCCUUUGGCUGCUUACAUCUUCACUGAAGAUGAAAAGAAGGCGCAAAAGUUCCUGAACAGCACCACAAGUGGCGGAGCGCUGGUCAACGAUGUGAUAGUCCAUAUAAAUACGCCAGGUUUGCCGUUUGGAGGCGUUGGACCUUCUGGAAUGGGUGGCUACCAACACAAAUUCAGUUUCGAUGUCUACUCUCACAAAAAGUCAACUUUGAUCAAGAAACUCAAGGCUGGUGGUGUUGAUGGUGUUCGUUUCCCUCCAUACAAGCCAAAUGUGAUUUGGCUAGUCAACACCUUUGUCAAGAAGGGAUUGCCAGGACCUGUUAUGGACACGCUAUUUGCUCUUGUAGCAGGUCUGCGUAAAGUCGCACCCGUUUUCGGUCUUGCUCUUUACACUUACGCCAUCGUGCAAUGGGUAAAACGAUCCAAGCUCUAG